AUGAGCUACGACUUCUUUGAGUCCAUGUUUGCGGGCAGGGACGGGGAGGGCUCGGGCCGUGGCCUGGUGGUGAGCAUCACGAGGGAGCGAAACACAUGGGUGGCCUUGCCGGCCUCCCUGGUGACCACCCUGUACACAUCGGGCGCCGGGCUGCCCCUGCCCCUCACCCUCUUCCGCCCGGGCAAGACCCCCCUCGCCGUGGCCUGGGCCGGGGAGGCGUGCGAGGCCGGCAAGCUGGGGGUGCCGGCGGGCCUCGCCGGUGCACUGGGACUCAAGGCGGGCGAUCAGGUGGAGGUGACAGCCAGCCCCGGGGUCCCCGUGGCAGAGUCUGUCAGCGUGGAGCCCGCGAACGCGGACGACUGGGAGGUGGUGGAGCUGAAUGCCGCCUUCCUGGAGGACCACGUCCUGUCUCAGGCGGGCAGAUGUGUGGCGGUGGUGGCGCUGGAUCAGCCGCUGCCCUUCUGGAUUCACUCUCAGCUGGUGAAGCUGCGAGUGGUGGCCACCGUCCCCUCUGGGCCCCACGUGCUGCGGCUGCAGAGCGGCAGCGAGAUCUACGUGGCGCCGCGCCUGCGCCACGGCCGCCAGGCCCCCUGCGCGGCACGGCGCGGCGGCGACGGAGCGCCUGCGCCGGCCGCGCCAGCCACCUCCGCCGUCUGGCGCGUGCUGGUGAGGGGGCCAGAGGGCGACGCUCUCGCCGUCCCAGGCCCGCUUGGUGGCGUGAAUGCGCCUGCCAUCGUCGCUGCCGCCGCCGCGGGCGCCGGUGAUCCGCUCGACGCCCCGGCCCUCGUCUCCCGGGCGACGCUGGUGGCGGCCCUGAGGCAGACCGAGGGGAUUGACGGCGAGGACGACCUCUCCGUGAAGGCCAGGUUCCAGUCCUGCGCCGUGCCCACCACCAGUCCCUGGACGCGCGAGGUGACCCUGCGCUGCUCGGACGGGGUGCCCUGCGGGCACGUCACCCUGGACGCCGAGGCCUCGCGCCGGCUGGGCCUCCCCCGCUUCUCCCACGUGCGCGUCAGCCUGGGCAACCCCGAGCUGGCCAGCGCCUUUCUCGGGGCCCCAGACACAGCCGGCGCUGCUGCUGCCUCGGGGGCCGCGACCACUUCUGACCGGCCCAGCAGAGAUGCCGGCCGCGAGACUGGCGCCCCGGCGUCGCUCCCCACGACCUCUGGCAUCACCGGCAGUGGCCUGGGCGCGGCUCCGUCCGUUCCGGCCACUCACCCCGACGCCCUGGCCUGGCUGCGGCCGGGCGCGGAGGCCGCGCUGCGCGCCCUGUUGCCCGUGCUCUCCAUACAGGCGCACGCCGCGCUCUGCGCGCAGGGGCUGCCCCGCCCCGGCGGCGUGGUGAUUUCCGCGCCGGGCGGCGCGGGCUCGCGCGAGCUGGUGUGCGCGCUGGCGGCUCGGCUGGCGGCCUGCCCCGACACGCUCACACACACUGUGGUGGUCGGCUGCGGGGAGGAGGGCGCGGAGCGCGCGCUGCGCCGCGGCGUCAGCGAGGCCCUGCGCCGCGCGCCGGCGCUGCUGCGCCUGGGCGCGGGUGGGAAGGGAGGGCGCAGCGAUGGGUCCUCCACGGCGCCCACCGAGGAGGAGCUGCUGGAGGCGAUGCGAGGCAUGAUCCCCGCCGCCUACUGGGGCGCGGGCACCCAAGCCCCCGCCCGCCAGGGCGCGGCCGGGUGGGAGGACGUGGGUGGCAUGGAGGAGGUGCGGGAGGUUCUGCACGAGUCCCUGGAGCUGCCCAUCAAGCAUGCCGCCCUGCUGGCCCAGGCCCCCCUGCGCCUGCGCACCGGGGUCUUGCUCUACGGCCCCCCCGGCUGCGGCAAGACUCACGUGGUGGCGGCGGCGGUGGCCGCCGCGGGCGUGCGCUGCAUCACGGUCCGCGGCCCGGAGCUGCUGAACAAGUACAUCGGCGCGUCGGAGGCGGCGGUGCGCGACGUGUUUGCCCGGGCCUCGGCCGCCGCGCCCUCGGUCCUCUUCUUCGACGAGUUCGACGCCAUCGCGCCGGCGCGCGGGCACGACAACACCGGGGUCACGGACCGUGUGGUCAACCAGCUGCUCACCGAGCUGGACGGCGUGGAGGGCCUGCGCGGCGUCUGCGUGCUGGCCGCCACCUCUCGCCCCGACCUCCUCGACGCGGCGCUGCUGCGCCCGGGCCGUCUCGACCGCCUCCUGCUCUGCGACUUCCCCACGCCGCGCGAACGCGGCCUCAUCUUGUCCGCGCUGGCGCGGUCCAUGCCCCUGGAGACCGGCGUGGAACUGCAGCGCCUGGGCCACGACGCCGAUCACUUCACCGGCGCCGACCUGGCGGCGCUGCUUUCCGAGGCCCAGCUGGCGGCGGCGCACGAGGCGCUGGAGCGCGCCGAGGCGCGCGCGCAGGCUGCUGGAGGCGUGAUCGAUGGGAACGGUGAACAUGGCGGCGAUGCACCCCCCGCUUCGCCCGACAAGGCGCUGCGGCCAGUGGUCAUGCAGCGGCACCUGGAGGCGGCGCUGGCGGCCGCCCGGCCCUCGGUGCCGCAGGCUGAACGGGCGAGGCUGGACGCGGUGUACACACGCUUCCAGGCGGGGCGAACGCCGGGGGUGGGGUCAGACCCCAUCUCCCCGCGCGACAAGGGCAAGCGGGUGACCCUGGCGUGA